ACACUGUGAGCAAACACCGAGAGCUGAGGGAAACCAUCUGAUUAGAGCAGCUCCCCUCAGGGGCACGGUAGGCCCACACCUUCCAGAGGAGGUGGCAGCUGGUCCUGAGGCUGCGGUCAGAGUGCCUUAGGGCUAAAGCCAUGUCCACCACCACGUGCCAAGUGGUGGGCUUCCUCCUGUCCAUCCUGGGCCUGACCGGCUGCAUUGCUUCCACGGUGAUGGACAUGUGGAGCACCCAGGACCUGUAUGACAAUCCCGUCACCGCCGUGUUCCAGUAUGAAGGGCUUUGGCGGAGCUGCGUGAGACAGAGCUCAGGGUUCACGGAGUGCCGACCCUAUUUCACCAUCCUGGGCCUUCCAGCCAUGCUGCAGGCAGUGCGAGCCCUGAUGGUCGUGGGGAUUGUCCUGGGUGCCAUUGGCGUCCUGGUGUCCAUCUUCGCCCUGAAGUGUAUCCGCAUUGGUAGCAUGGAGGACUCCGCCAAGGCCAAAAUGACACUGACCUCCGGGAUCAUGUUCAUUAUUGCAGGUCUUUGUGCCAUCGCCGGAGUGUCUGUGUUUGCCAACAUGCUGGUUACUAACUUCUGGAUGUCUACAGCCGGCAUGUACACCGGCCUGGGUGGGAUGGUGCAGACCGUUCAAACCAGGUACACCUUCGGUUCGGCUCUGUUCGUGGGCUGGGUAGCUGGAGGCCUCACGCUAAUUGGGGGUGUGAUGAUGUGCAUCGCCUGCCGGGGCCUGGUGCCUGAGGAAACCAACUACAAAGCCGUGUCUUAUCAUGCCUCGGGCCACAAUGUGGCCUACAAGUCCGGAGGCUUCAAGGCUAGCACUGGCUUUGGGCCCAACACCAAAAACAAGAGGAUAUAUGAUGGGGGUGCCCACACAGAGGACGAAGUACAAUCUCAUCCUUCCAAGUACGACUACGUGUAGUGCUCCAAGACACCUUGGCAUGGACAGAAGAAACCCCCCAUGAGAGCUCACCCCCCAAACAAGGACAUUUUACCUUGAUUCCUGAUUGCUUGUGACUCACAGCUGGAAGUUAGGAGAGCCUUGAUUUCACCUGCGGUGAGGCCACAUGGUCUUAGCCUCAUGUCUCUGUCUCUCGAUGUUCCAUCACAAAACAGUUAUCAGAUAUAAACUAGAGGCAACAGCUCACAUUUCCAAUUCUCUAUUUCUUUUUUUAAUAUAACCUCCCUAACCUAAUGAUAAAAUGUGGUUUGAAUUCCUAUCAGACACUUGGAUGAUUUAAUCAGACUCUCCCUCCUCCUUUAGCCAACAGCCCAAUGAUGAUCUAUUUCUCAACUCAUCCCCUAGAACAAUUCUGAAAAGAAAAAAACAGAGUCAGUCAAAAGACAUCAUUUUCUGCUAUUAGAUUGUUGCCACCUCCCCCCCAACUUGGCUACUAAUAAACACUAAUUGAAGAUGAGGUAAGAGGAGAAAGAUAUUUGUGAUAUCUCCGGCUCAUUAUCUGAGUUUUCUUACACUGUGAUCUUAAACGUUACUGGGACCAAAGUGACUUCAGUUUGAGGAAACCAAGCCUUUCCAUUUCUUUUGGCAUCUGCUAAUUCCUCUCCCAGGAGUUUCCUGAGCUCUCCACUGCAGGUCUUCUUUCUGUCAGAGGCCAGAAAGUGUCCCAAGAGGAAUGAGAAGAGGAUUUUUUUUUCUUUUCAUAAUCUAAAUAUAUUUGGUAUACUAUAGUUAGAAUAAAUAAUGUAUCAGUAAAAUGAUGCACUGUCUCUGUGAAUUAGCCUCACUCCCACACAUGGAUAGAAGAAAAUGAAAAAAAUAAUUGCUUUGAUGUUGUCUAUAUUGUACUUUGUAAAAAUCACAUUUAAGUCCAAAUUUCAUAAAAUGCUUACUGAUCCUAAUUUCCUUUGAGUUCUCCAUGACUCUGAUUACAGUGAUAGUGUCAGUGUAACCCAUGUAAAAACCAAAUAAUGGAAUACAGCAGGUCCUAGGAAAUGAGUUGAAACUAGUUCUUUCAAAACAUAAAAAAAAUGAUGAGCCUGAAUUUAAUGUUACAUUGCCAAGUGCCACAUGUCCACACUUUCAUGGCUAUAGGCCACUGUCAGUUUACAGUAGACCUACUUGGCACUUUGGUCAGCUUUGUUACUUUGGGAGAUGUUCUCUUCAAUAAAUUCACCUAGAGUAGUUGGACUAUUGAAUGUUCAAGAACUGAAAGCUCUUUGCAGCCACACACCUUCCCUACGUUUAUUACUGCUACAGAAAGCCUAAACUCCUUCCAAGCCACCAGAAUUCUAUCCCAGCACUAGAGCCAGAAUAGGCCCCCUGGGAAACUAAAGUAAGGGCAGUGUCUCUAAACUACCUAUUCAGGGAGCAGCAUUGAAAGGGGGAAUUUGGCCACUGGCUUAUUAUUUGAGGAAAAAAGUUCUCACACCAAUAGUGCAUUUGAAAGUGACCUCCAAGGAGAUGGGUAAUAUUCAUAGGGGUCUUUAGGCUGGACAAACUAUAUCUGGGGAAAGAUCAUGGCUCAUUAAACAGAAAAGAAGUGUGUUCACCAAGAGUCAAAAUAGAACCUUCUCACUGAGACAGCAAUUGGUUUUAGGCCAAGGCAAAUAGAGUACUCACGGGACACAUUGUCUGAGAUGGGAUGAAGGAUGAAUAAUUAAAGAAAACAGGGGUUUGAAUGGAGGAAGUUCAGCAAUCUAGGGCAUGGAGAUUGUUAAAGAGUCUCAGGAUUUGAAUUCAAGGCCAUGGGGCACAAUGAGCUCUCUCUCCUAUCACCAAAAAGGCCCUGGUCAGGUCUGAAGUACUGAGUUGUGUCCCAGCUAGGUUUUUAAUGAACACAUUCUCUAUCCAACACUUAAUUGUUUGAAAGUCCCCAUGUAGUUAGAUUGUGCUUUGUAAUUUUUUUGUUGCUCUCUUUUAUUGUAUAUGCAUUGAAUAUUGACUUGCAUAUUUUGUUACUUAAAUAUUAAAAACACUGUUAUCUCACA